AUGCAGGUAGGCUUGGUAGGUAGGCAUAUAGGUUCGUUAAAUCGACACAAGAAUACACAUUUGAAGCGAAGCAACGACAAUCGGAGCUACUCGUGUCACUAUUGUCCUCGCCAGUUUCUACAUUCGAGUCAGUUGCAAGAACAUGAGACUAAUGAACACAGUGCAGAGCCCAAUUUACGCAAAUCCACCCCCACCGAUUCAGCUCGUAGUGCUUAUGAGGGCAGUGGAAAGGGAACUCGUUCGUCGACGUCGGUAGACCUUCAAGCACCAACGGAACUAACCGGGACGCAGCUAAAUUCCUUACCCGGUGGUGUGACUAUACCAUCAAUUCCGGGGCACCCAACUCAGUCACCUGUGCAGCCACCAGCUCACUUCGGGGACAAUGGUGUAACCAGUCCGUCGACACCGUUGCGCACGUUCGCAGCUCGUUUAAGCUUGCUACAACGUGCAUUUGCCGGCCCGGAUGCAUUGAAUAAAACACACCCAGGUUCUGGAACGGAUAUGUCGAUCGAGUCGCGUGAUAUCAAGUCAAAUGGUAUUCAGAAUGUCCCACUUGUCAGCAGUAUCCAUUCCGGUUCGAUCAAUUCAAACAAUACUGCCUUAAUGAAUACGAAUGGAUCCCCGUUCGAUUCGCUCAAUUUCGCACAAAAUCAAUGCGAUCUGUGCCCAGCGAAAUUUUCAAAUCGUAUGGAAUUUGAACAUCACUUGGGACAACAUUUUAGUCAAUCGUUCGGUUUUUCCCUACCACCGGGUUUUCCGGCGGUUUCCCUAGAUGGUUCUUCUAGUGUUCGUCAGCCGCUGAAACAAGCAGCAAUGAAUAGCAAUGGAGAUUUGCUCGGCGCAGCUAUUUCACUCUCAUCCAAACUACCCACUUCAGUCAACUCCACAGAGCUUACCUACAACCCCUUGUCGAACCUAAACGAUGUAUUUGAUCCAUCUCACUCGAUCUCCCCACUGGCCACGACGACAAGCAGUGGAACAACCCCUACGAACCCCCUGUUCCCUGGUGCAGUUUCGGCUGCCGCAUUAGCCGCGCUUAGUCAAUUGAUGCUUACACACUCAACCGCUUCGGGACAAUCAAAUAUCCUGUCCCAGAGUAAUCCGGCCAAUUUGUUGGCCGCGACCGCCGCUUUGACUAAUCCGGAACUUCUCCUCCUGUCCGAUCCUACUACAAUGUCAUCUUCGGCUGGUCCAACCGGUUCGUUUGCUCACAUGUUGCUCAAAGCUAUGAGUUCGAUUAAUCCCCACCAAGCAGCUUCAGUUGUAGCUACUGCUGCUGCCGCUGCUGCUGCCGCAUCUGCUGCAGGGGCGACGACACCAUCGCAACCACCACCUCUACCACCACAAACGCAACAACCGCCUAUAUCUUCACAUAAUAAUCCCUUAGCUCCUCUAUUUCACAACGGCACGGACCUUUCGGGUGCAGCAAUCCACAGUAUGAACGAGAGUCCGUACCUGGCCAUUACGUUUCAUGUCGCCGAUGCGGGUCGCAUCAUGUUUGACGAGCUUGCCGGGUUGUCUUGCUCACCACAACCCCCAUACGCGUAUUACCACUACUAUUACUACUAUCCGUCGUUAUCCUUUGAAACACCAGUUGACUUUCUGAGCCGGGGAAAUCCUGACGGUCACAAGGUUGGCGAUCAGGAGAUAGUGAACUUGUAA